GAGUUUGGAUCUAAUGUUCGAAGUUGUUACAGGUGUUGUUUUGUUGCAGUGAACUCUUUUUGGGUUUAUCCUCUAACGUAGAGGUUGCUUUCAUGAAUCUCCAUGUUGAGUGGAGCUAUGGGUUGUGUAAAGGCUUCUAUUCGUCUUGAUGGUUCCCUUUGCCAUAGGUUCAUAUUAUUCGCCAUCUGGUUAUCCAGUUUUCCAGAUAUAAUGGCGCUGGAAAUAAAGCCUACAGUGAAUCACAUUUCUUCUACAUCUGAGUUAGCCAUCCCACCUAAAAGUGGACUCUUUGAACCGAUAGAAAUAUCACCUGCUGUUAUUCCACAUUAUCCUUUUCCUGGGGAAUCUUUGCCACCUAUGUACCCUGCGUUCCCACCCACAUAUGAUCCAGUCUUGACAGGAAAGUGUCCCAUAAAUUUCUCUGCUCUUUCGGAUAUCAUGGACAAAACAGCAUCUGAUUGUUCUCAACCUCUGGCGGCUUUCAUAGGAAAUGUUAUAUGUUGCCCUCAGCUCAGUAGUUUACUCCAUAUAUUCCAGGGAUACUAUAGCACCAGUUCUGAUAAAUUGGUUUUACAAAAUGUGACUGCUAAUUAUUGUUUUUCAGAUAUCAUUAGUAUACUAGAGAGCAGAAGGGCAAACAGUUCGAUACCUACCAUUUGCUCUGUAAAAUCAUCAAAUCUUACUGGUGGAUCUUGUCCUGUGAAGGAUGUAACAACUUUUGAGAAGACGGUUAAUGCCAGCAAAUUACUGGAGGCUUGCAGCAGUGUUGAUCCUCUUAAAGAGUGCUGUAGACCAAUUUGUCAGCCUGCAAUUAUGGAGGCUGCACUUAAGAUUUCGGCAGGACAAUCACUGAUAAGUGAUGAAAAUAUAGUUGGAGGGCCUAAUCGUAUAGAUGCUCUUAGUGAUUGUAAAGGGGUGGUGUAUUCGUGGCUUUCUAGAAAACUUCCUCUAGAUGCUGCCAAUACUGCAUUUCGAAUAUUAUCUUCCUGCAAAGUCAACAAGGUUUGUCCUUUGGAUUUUAAGCAACCAUUGGAAGUAAUUAAAUCAUGCCGUAAUGUAGCUUCUCCAAGUUCUUCAUGUUGUAGCUCCUUAAAUACUUACAUUGCGGGGAUACAAAGACAAAUGUUAAUUACGAAUAGACAGGCCAUAAUGUGUGCAACAGUGUUUGGGUCCAUGCUCCGAAAGGGCGGGGUCAUGACAAAUGUUUAUGAGCUUUGUGAUGUUAGUUUGAAGGAUUUUAGUCUCCAAGCAUAUGGACAAGAAGGUUUGCUUUCAUUUUCCUUUUCAUUUUAUUUUUUAUCUAUAAUUGGGUAUCCUAGUAAACCCUAA